UGGAUAGAAGAAAAUAGCAGACGGAGAUAUAUUUACAUAGCUUACACGUUCUUAGAGCUUAUGAGAAAAAUGGACAUAGCAAAAUCUGUUUUUGGAGGCAGAAAUGCCGAAGGAUACAGUAGCAAGGCAAUGACAGUGGACACCCUGUCUGAAGAUGAAGAUGAAAUUGUUGGUGCUUGUGGUGAGGGAGUGAGUGUAUCAUCCACUAAUUAUACGUCCAAUAGCAACUUGGAUUUCACUCCUACUCCAGGGGGACCGUUCUCAGCCCUCACUCCCUCUAUGUGGCCUGAAGAUAUCCUGUCCAAGCUUAGAAAUCAGCCUGAAGAUCCAAAUGGACAAUUGGACUACAGAUAUGAUGAAUUUGGAUUCAAAGUAGAAGAAGAAGAUGGACCUGAAGAGAAUUCCAGCAAAUUAUUGAGUACACCAUUUGUGGAGGAUGCCCAACAUCGAUUAAAAUGGACUGCUUACUUAGAGUUUACACACAACAAUGAAGUUGGUGACCUGACCUGGGACAAGGUUGAGCCACGAUUGCCACGCUCAGAAAAACUAAGACUUAUGGUGCGACAGGGGAUCCCACACUCUCUAAGGAACCAAAUUUGGAUGAGGCUUUCUGGAGCUCUGGAGAAAAAGCAAAAAUCAGAUCUUACCUACAAGGAUAUUGUCAAGGCCAGUUCCAAUGACCAUCUCAUGACAUCAAAACAGAUUGAAAAGGAUCUACUACGGACCAUGCCAAGCAAUGCAUGCUUUUGUAAUGUGCACAGUACAGGGAUACCACGUUUACGUCGAGUUCUCCGGGGUCUAGCCUGGCUCUACCCAGACAUAGGGUACUGUCAGGGAACUGGUGUGAUUGCCUCAUCUCUGUUGUUGUUUAUGGAAGAAGAAGAUGCCUUCUGGAUGAUGUGCGCAAUAAUAGAGGAUCUGUUACCAGCCUCUUAUUACAGUAGUACCCUAAUCGGGAUACAGGCAGACCAGAGAGUGAUGCGUCAAUUAAUCAUCAGUUAUCUCCCCGAUACGGACCUUGUGAUGAAGGAACAUGACAUAGAGCUGUCCCUGAUUAGCCUACACUGGUUCCUCACCCUGUUUGCAAGUGUGGUACACAUGAAGGUCCUGCUGAGAGUGUGGGAUCUUUUCUUCUAUGAGGGCUCCACUAUCUUAUUCCAGAUGACCAUGGGCAUGCUCAAAAUGAAGGAACACGAGCUAAAGACUCUCGACAAUUCAGCCCAGAUUUUCAAUGCCCUAUCAGAUGUGCCUGGCGAUGUACAGGAUGUUGAGGAUUUAAUAGAGAUAUCUUUCCGAACAUGUGGAUCCCUGACAGAUAUGGUGAUAGAAUCUCAUCGAAGGAAACACCUGGCAUACCUGAUGGCAGAUCAAGGUGUUAUUGUCAAUCCAGACUCAACAAAGAACCUCCCCAAACAGCAACUCAAUAAACGCCAUCUUCGACGAUCAAGAAGUCUGGUUUCAAUGUUACUUUGGGGUGAUCAAGAAGAUGAUGAUUUUGGAAAGGCCAAAAACAUCCGUCAGACUGAGCUGCUCGUGGAUAUGAGGGAGGCCAUUUUGCAGUUGGCACGCCACUUUCAGUCACUUGACCCAAAAAACAACAAAGUGAACCUGAUAGCAGAUUACACAAUGGACAGUCAUGCAAGGGAUUUGGAAAAUUAUGUGAAUGUAGCUAGGAACAAACGAAGAAGAGCAAAAGCAUUACUUGACUUUGAACGUCAUGAUGAUGAUGAGCUAGGUUUCCGAAAAAAUGAUGUCAUAACAAUAAUCUCCCAGAAGGAUGAACACUGUUGGGUAGGGGAGCUCAAUGGACUCCGUGGCUGGUUCCCUGCCAAGUUUGUGGAGCUGCUGGAUGAAAGAAGCAAACACUACUGUUCUGCUGGGGAUGACUCUGUCACAGAAAACAUCACAGAUCUUGUUAGGGGCACAUUAUGUCCAGCAUUGAAAGCAAUAUUUGACCAUGGUCUGAAGAGAUCGUCCAUUCUCGGCACCACUUGUCAUCCGUGGCUGUUUGUAGAAGAGGCAGCGACACGAGAGGUUGAAAAGGAUUUCCAGUCAGUCUAUUCCAGACUGGUGUUGUGUAAGACCUACAGGCUAGAUCAGGAUGGCAAAGUGUUGACACCAGAAGAAAUCUUAUAUCGGGCAGUCCAGGCUGUUAAUAUAUCCCAUGACACAUGUCAUGCACAAAUGGAUGUCAAGUUCAGAUCCCUGAUAUGCUGUGGGCUCAAUGAACAAGUAUUGCACCUCUGGCUGGAGACACUGUGUUCAUGUGUGGAGGUUAUCAGUAAGUGGUAUCAUCCGUGGUCAUUCAUGAGGAGUCCGGGUUGGGUUCAGAUUAAGUGUGAACUCAGAAUUCUGGCAAGGUAUGCCUUCAACCUUAACAUGGACUGGGAACUGGAUGACAAGAAGUUGCCACCAAAACCUGUGCGGGACAUCACUGAAUCUGUAUCUGAUAUUCUUGUAAAACAUCACCUCUUUAGCUGGGAGUUAUAAAGUUUUCUUAUCUUCCUAUGAGGCACCUUCCCUAGAUGGUGACCUACAUUUGUACCAUGAUGAGCAUGGUAAUAGGUUUAAUAUUAUAUCACAUUCGUACCAUGAUGAGCAUGGUAAUAGGCUUAAUAUUAUAUCACAUUUGUACCAUGAUGAGCAUGGUAAUAGGUUUAAUAUUAUGUCACAUUUAUAUCCCAAAAACAUAAUUUAAGUAUAUACUUUUCUACAAAGAAGACAUUUCAUUUCUUUCAUUUGAGAAUCUUAUUCAAAGACUGCUUUAUCACAAUUCAGUUCUGUAUAGUAAAUUGGUAUGUUGUUUAAAUCACUCUUCUUUGUAGUUUGUCUCAUAAAAGAUGUUCAUUUUAAUGCUGUAUCCAAAAUCAUGCCCAACUGUUUGUCUUUUAAUUACUAUUCAGACAAACAAGGGCACCGGUGGAUACUGUAUAUGCAUGAGGCUAGGGUGUAUUGGCUUUGUGGGAAAUUCACAAUAAACUGGAUAUGGAAUUCCUUCUAACAACUAUGGUAUUGCCUGCAUUGUAUCAUGCUUGUUGAUUUUUUAUGUCCAUUUAUAGGAAAUCCAUAGCAGUAUUUGCAAGGCACUAGACUGUUUCAACAAUGCAUUUUUAUUGAAAACUUAUUGAAACAGUGAUGCUAUAUUGAUGUUUGUGAUAAAUAACUCCACAUGUUUUAAAUUUUUACACUAUCCUGGGUGUAGAUAUAAAGAAAACAUUGCCACUUCCAGUUUUGUUUUCUGAUUUGACAGAGUGUUAGCACAGCUUUCAUUCAAGUUGUCCAUGGAGAGGGAGUUACCAGCUAGGAGAAAACGUGAUCACAAUCUGAAAGAGAGUGUUCGCGACAUGCUGUUAAAGCAUCAUCUGUUUAGCUGGAACAUCUAAAAUUACUGCUACAUUGCUCUCACAUAUCUAUGCAAAAAAGAUCAAGCUUGGCAUGAAAAAGACAAUCACAUUAAACAAAUUAAAACGAAAUUGCAGGUUGUUAUCGAAACACAAUUUAGUUUCCGGAAUUUUCUGUUUGAGGUUUUUUGUGCUUGAUAUUUAAUUUUUGAUGUCCUUCUUUGAAAACAUGAAGAUCUAUUGAUUAGGCUCACUUUAAAUUCUGAAUUAUCAUUGUGUGUGUUUUUUUUAAAGUACAACAUAAUUAAUUUUGCAAGCCAUUUUGCUGACGGUAAAUAGUUUGAGCAACAUAAUGUCAGUAAAAAGUAGUAUUUUGAUUGGGAUAUAAUUUUGUAUUAUUUGUAUAUUCUAUUGUUUUAUGAAGAUUAUUUUAGCUUAAAAGCCACAGUUGCAACAGUUUUGUCUUGUUAUUUAGUUAUUUUUUUGGAGAUUACAGUUUUAUUUAGUGUCUCUACAAAGCUAGAUUUUGUUUGCUUAUAUUAGAGUAUUUUUGUAUUUUUACAAAACACAUUUUGUAUUUACACUGCAUUUGAUUUAAUAUUUGAAUGACAUUAUUUCAUAUAUAUGUUAAUUAUAAAUAAAAUGUGAGAUUAUGCUUAAAGUAACUUAUAAUUUGGUUUCUUUGUUUUUUUGCUGUUGUGAUUUUAUUUAUGUUUUCAGUUAAUAGUACUACAUAUUAUACUCAGUUAAAUGAUUAUGAGGUCACUCGAUGUGGUUAAUAGAAAAAUACCAAUCUAUUUUGCUAGUGCUCAAGAAAUGUUAUUGUGAUAUUAGGGCACAUCCUAAGUAUUGGUUACAUUAAAUGAAAUGACACUUUUUGUCAAAUAACAAAAUAUUUAAUAAGAAAACUGUUGAAAUAAAGCAAAUUCAAAGUUAGAAAGUAAUUAUUUAUUUCAUAUUUCAUUUCAAUUCACUGUCGGAUGAGAUAUAUGGAAACAAUAGUUAAGUUGACUUGUACAAUUUUACAAGAAAACUGAAAUAUUUCAUUAGGACUCGGUAAUUAGAAUUAGCUUAUAUUAGGUUAAGAUUGAGAUUAAAGUAGAAUUUUUGAUUUUUAUCUAUGUAUCGAUACUUAAGAUACAUUUUCUUUGUACAUGUAGUUAUAACAGAGUGAAAGAUGUUGCUAUGAUUUGUUUUUAGCCUCACAAAUUAUUUAGCCAUAUCCUGAUUCCAAUAAGUGGUGGCUGGGCUAGAACACACAGUGUUAGAAUGUGGUGUUAAUUAGUGUUGUUGCCUUUAUUUACUUUAGAGUCCCUGUUUGUUGCGUGCUGUAUUAGUGUUGGUGUAUUGGUAUUUUAGAUAAUUUUGUUGUAAUUUAUUGUUGUAAAGAACUAUCCAAUCACAGAUGGAUAGGGUUUAUACUCUGUUGACGUCGUCAUAUGUGUUUUUCCAAAAAAAAUUGUAUACACAUGUGCUUGUACAGAAUUCUCCCAGUCAUCAGUGUGAUGAAAACAGGGGUAUGCUUGAAAGCUUGAUUAGUUUUGUUAAGAUUUGAAAGUUAAUACAUGAUCACUAUUAUCAUUAUUAUUAACAGAACUGUUGUUUGACAACAUAUAUUGGUUCAGAUGUUAUGUAUUAAGGAUCUUAUUCUACCAGCACACUUUAACCUAUGAUCAACUCUCUAAACUCUUCUUUAAUGCUGACUCGUCUGGUGGUUAGAUUAUUAUAUUAAAGUAUUUAUCUCUGUUUUAAUUUCAAUGUAUUUUCCAAUUAUAUCUAUGCAUGUUGUAAGGAUGGGAGCUUGAUUCUAUAAAUAUUUUUUAAAACUGUUACUAAUGCUUGCUAACCUACUCUUUGCAGACUCUUGUCCCAGUUUUCUUUCAAUUUAUCCAAGGAUUGGGAAAUCCCAAAACAGAUGACAGAAUCUUACAAGCCCCUGAAGGAAGGGGUAAAGGACAUGUUGGUCAAACACCAUUUGUUCAGCUGGGAUAUAUGAAUACUCUUGGUAUGGCAAAGACAUCAGCUUGAGACAUCUUCACUAACAAACUAACACUCCUUUAGGCUGUAUUUCUCAGGCAAAUAAGUCAAAAUUAACAUCUUUGGUGAUUGAAAUAAUAUGUAUUGUAUUGUAACUCGCCUACCCAAUUUAAACUCUGGAAACAAUAUCAUCAUUUUACAUUGAAGUAUUUAAAACCAUUAGUGAAAAGUAAACUGAAGACUAUAAUACAGGCUCAGGUGUAUCUCUUUUGUUAUUUACAGAUUGACCUCUUACUGUUUGGAGAGGUAGUAGUGUUUUUAGGUCACCCGAGACAAAGUCUCAAGUGACCUAUUCUAACCGCCUUUUUGUCCGUCGUCAUCCUCGUGCAUCCUUAAACAAUUUACAUUUUUGACUUCUUCUCAGAAACACUGAACCAAUUUCUAUGAAAUUUCUCAGAAACCUUCCAUGGCCAAACAUCAACCAAAAAUGUGAAUUAUAGGUCCCCCAUAUACCCAAAUACCCCCCAUGGGGACUGCACUCUCAAGACCCAAAUAAGGUAGAACCAAAUACUCUUCAUUGAUGAAAGAGUCUUGAGGUGCUUUACCAAAAUUGUGAAUUUCAUCACCCUGGGGAUGGGGGUCAAGUUUACUAUAGUUUAUAUAGAGAAAUCACAUUUUUGACUUUCAUUUAUUUGAUUUCUAUUGGAAUUCAUUCUUGCUUGGUUAACAUUAUCAGUAUAGGAUGAUAUUUAAUGGUAUACACAUGUAGGCCCUGACUGACCCCCAGGGGCUGAUGGGCCAAAUUAACUGAAAACUGGGGAGGGGUAAAGUUUACUAUAGUUUAUGUAGGGAAAUCACAGUUUGGACUUUCAGUUUGAUUUCUAUUGGAAUUUAUUUUAACUUGGUUAAUAUUAUCAGAAUGGGAUGACAGUUUGAUGGUUUGCACAUGAUGGCCUUGACUGACCCCCAGGGGUUGAUUGGCGGAACCAAAAAGGGUAAAAAUAACUGAAAUAUUUCAAAAACUCAGGUGAUCGUUAAGGCCCAUGGGCCUCUUGUUUAGAUGUUAUCCCUAUAAAAAGUGUUGUGAGAUUAAAAAUGAUACUUAGAUUUAACAAUGUAUCUCUAUGCUUUGUGAAGAGUAUCCCAAUGUAAGACAUUUUAAGAAAAAUAGGGUAAGAAAUAUGAAGAUAUAAUCAGAUAAUUUUAAAACAUUGUAAGAUAAAAAUAUAUAAUGUUCAGACAAUUGUGUUAUUUACAUUCAAGGAAGUGUACUGGUGCAUCGCCUAGCUCUCUCUCUAUAUGUAGGUAUGCAGUUAAUAGACCAGUAAGACCAUUUGAAUCUCAGUGAAACGUUUUUGUGCAAUAAUGAGGUGUGUUUAAUUCUUGUUAUACCAAGGCUGACUGUAGCAGGUGAACAAUCAUGAAAAUCGCAAAAAAUAGUAAUGACAGCUGAAAACGGCCAUCAAAAUCAUACAUGGUUGUGUCUCGCAUUGAUUUAAUAGUAGACUAUGUGAUAAUGUUUUGUUUAUGCUAUCUGACCUGACACAUAAAACUGCUGUAUUCCAACAUCAAAUCAUGGAAAGCUUGAUUACUGGUAUGCAUGUAUCUACUGUUUUCUACAGCAAAAUAUAUUAAUUUUCCCUGAUAAUUGCUAGAUCUGUUUUACCUAUCAUUUGGUUUAAUGUUUUAUUGAAUUUUAUGCUCAUAAUCCAACUUGGUAUUUAUCAAUUGCAACCAAAUAUUAUAUAAUGAUGGAGCGAUACAAAUAACAUGAUAACCAUUCAUCAAACAAAUCUUGAUCAUUCAUUAAAUGAAAUGCUGGUAGAUUUUUAUGUCACAACAAAUUUUUUCCUUUUAAUUUGUCCUUUCUAUCCUGUGCAAUAAAUAUAAUUGCACAUGUGUAUAUGUUGAUGAAUGAGUGAUUAUCUUUACCAAAUGCAUGUUUUGAAAUCCUUUCUUUAAUAGCAAAAGUCCCUCAUAUGUCAAUGUGAACUUUAUAUUUAAUUUGGACUAUAGAAUUGUUGUUAUAGCAUGCCUUUUGAUUAUCUUUUUGUUGUUUUUUUGUUUUACAUUUUCUUUAAAUAUUUAUUUAUCAAAUUCUUGAACUGGUUAUGCUUUAAAUCUUCAUUUUGUUUAUU